UCUGUCAAAUGAAUAUAUUGUGAUUUGUGAUUUUAUUAUUUUUAUUUGUGAAAAUUUCGAUUUUAUUUACUCCGAGUUCCGACUUUGUCGGUAAUCGGUAUUUACUAGCCAUUAAUGUUAUUAAGUUUCCUGUAAACUUUGUUGUAGCUCCACGUUUUGUAAAAAAUAAAAUGUAUAGCAAUGUAUACGUUACUCCACGGUUUUUAUAAAUAUAUUGUUCAAAAAGACGAAUACUUUGUGUUGAUAUUAGGACUUGAUAAUGCGGGGAAAACGACAUAUCUGGAGGCUGCUAAAACAAAAUACAACAAAAAGUAUAAAGCGAUGAAUCCCAGCCGAAUCACAACCACAGUAGGGUUAAAUAUAGGUAAAAUAGAUGUAGAUGGAGUUAGACUUAAUUUCUGGGACCUUGGUGGACAACAGGAGUUGCAAUCACUAUGGGAUAAAUACUAUGCAGAAUGCCAUGGUGUUAUUUAUAUUGUAGACUCUUCAGAUAGAGAAAGGGUGUCCGAGUCAAAAGAAACUUUUGACAGGAUGAUCGCGUCAGAGCACCUGUCCGGGGUCCCGCUGUUGGUGCUAGCGAAUAAGCAAGACAUUCCAGACUGCAUGGGUGUGCACACAGUCAAACCAAUCUUCAACCAGAAUGCACACUUGAUAGGCGCUAGGGACAUUAUGCUGAUGGCUACAUCUGCCUUAACUGGAGAUGGUGUGGACGAAGGCAUACGGUGGCUAGUGGACUGCAUAAAGAGAAACAGUGUGGAGAGACCGCCGCGAAAUCACGACGACAAUUUAUAAUCCAAACAUCUGCGGGUUGCGACAUCCACAAUAUUUAUUAUACCACUGCAAUACCAACACAAUGAAUAUUAAUUAGCUUUCCUAUUAAGAUAAUGUUGUGACUCGUCCCAUUGUUUUGUACAUACAUUAUUGACGUUUGAAAAUAAAACAUACGAACUGUGCUGA